ACUAUUCUGGGUGUCUCAAUAUUAGUCCGGUAAAUAUCUACCGUAAAAUUCAAGUACAGAAAAGAGGUGGAUAUAGGCAUGAAACGGUUAUUAGUAAACCUGUAGUCCAAAUGCUUUCUUCAAUUCCCACCCCACGUUUAAGCUCCUUCCUCCUCCCAAAAAUGGCUUCCGUUGAUUAAACUCCGAUCCCUCCGCCACCAUCAUUCUGUUAAUUAGUAUCCCAAGAAAUAAAAUUAACGGCCGUCCAAAUUGAAAUCCAACCUUUUUUUUCCUCUCCCUCUCCCUAGUUGCUCGACUAUUAAAGAAGCGGGGUUUUCUGCAUUUCCAUGAUCGCCAAGUUUAAUCUAUAUCUAUAGAUUAUUCUGAAAAAAAAAAAGGUUUAAUCUAUAGGAACAUCAUGCAUGUAGGUAAACCCUCGGCGAUCAUUGUUGUGUGGCUCGCACUCUUUCAAGGACUCCUCCUCUGUGUAAAUGCUGAUUUGAAUUACAAGGAUGCGCUAACCAAGUCCAUCAUCUUCCUUGAGGCACAAAGGUCAGGGAAGCUCCCUCCUAAUCACAGACCAAAAUGGAGAGGAGACUCCGCCCUCGACGAUGGAAAACUAGAAAAUGUGGACCUUUCUGGGGGAUAUUAUGAUGCCGGCGACAAUGUCAAGUACGGACUUCCGAUGGCUUUUACAAUCACAACCCUGUCGUGGGCCGCCAUCCAAUACAAUUCGGAGCUAAAGGCUACGGGAGAAUUGCAAAAUGUCAUGGACGGCAUUAAAUGGGGAACCGAUUACUUUUUCAAAGCUAUUUCCGAACACAAGUUGUACGUUCAAGUAGGAGACCCCAAUCUAGACCAUCAAUGUUGGGUUCGACCAGAAGAGAUGAGGACACCAAGAACUGUGUAUAGGAUCGAUGAGAACACUCCCGGAUCAGAAAUUGCAGGUGAAACCUCAGCUGCAAUGGCUGCUGCUUCCAUCGCGUUCAGAUCCAUUGAUCAGGAUUAUGCUGGUCGUCUCCUCAACAAAGCCGAGCUGCUCUUCCAAAUGGCCAAAACUCAUAAAGGAACUUACGAUGGAGAGUGCCCUUUCUACUGCUCCUUCUCCGGCUACAAUGACGAGCUAUUGUGGGCAGCGACAUGGUUGUAUAUGGCCACCAAAAGACCAGAGUACUUAACUUACAUACACGAAGAGGCCAUUCCCGCUACCGUGGCUGAGUUUAGCUGGGAUCUUAAGUAUGCUGGAGCUCAAGUCCUUGUCUCCAAGCUGUUCUUUGAGGGCGAAAAGGAACUAGAAAACUACAAGAACCAAGCAGACAGCUACAUUUGCUCGAACCUCCCCGAGAGUCCAUACAAGCAAGUCCACGCCACUCCGGCCGGUAUGGUCCACCUCAGAGACGGGGCCAACUCUCAAUAUGUCACCGGGACCGCCAUGGUGUUCAGCGUCUACAGCGACAUUCUAGCCGAACACAACCAAAAGGUCAUAUGUUCCGAUAAACAGUUCGAUAGCACCCACCUUAUGGCCUUCGCUAAGAAACAAAUCGACCUAUUGCUAGGCAACAACCCUAACGGCAGAUCCUACAUGGUUGGCUUCGGCAGCAACCCCCCGACACAGGCGCACCACCGGGGCGCGUCGAUUCCCGUGGGAGUUGAUACCAGCCAGGUCAGCUGCCCCAUGAGCUUCGUGUACUGGUACAACAAGGAUACACCAAACCCUAACGAGCUGACCGGUGCCAUCUUGGGAGGGCCUGACAAGGACGAUAAGUUCAACGACAAGCGGUGUGAGUCUGCGAUGACUGAGCCAUGCACCUACGUCAAUUCACUAGCGGUUGGGGUCUUGGCAAAGCUCGCAACCAAGUCCAUUGCGUGAUGAACGAAUUAAAUGUAUAUAUAGUAGAGACUAUGGCUAGCAUUUUUUUGCUUCUUAUUUCUGAGACAGUGAAUGUUGUCAGCACAUUCGAAUAAGAAUUCACCACAAUCGCUGUAAAUUGACGCAAAUUUAUGUAUACCUAUCUAAAAUUUGCAAUUGCUUA